UUGCUGUACCUGUACCAGGAUGCAUUCAAAAUAAAUGAUAUUUAUUUUGUUACAAGCGAUUUCAAUGGCGUGAAUUACUUGUUUAGGGCGUACUAUCAUAUAUCAAUUUGUCGGGGCUAAAAAAUCGGAAUUCCUAAAAGUUAAGUGAUGGAUUUGUACGAGCAAGUCCGGAAAAAACUGUCCCGUGUUUAUGGAACCCUGCUUUGCUUUAGCUCAGCGCUAAAUUAAUUUGCACCUUCUUCCUGAUUAAGCGAAGCUUUAUUUAUUACCAUGAAUGGAAGAGUGCUUAAUCAGCGUCAGAUUGCUCAAGUUUUUGAGGAUUACCACCGUGCACAAACCACAUUUGUGCAAACAAUAUCGGAAUUAGCAUCGCGGACAAAAAAUAUUGAGUAUUUACAACAAGAAGGUGUUAUGGCCCUGCUGAGACCUUUGCUGUUGGACAUGCGACCGAAUAUUCAGUACAUGGCUGCGAUGGCUCUUGGUCGCUUAGCUGAUAACAGUCCAGAUUUAGCGACCGGUAUCAUUACGGGCGACAUAUUACCCCAAGUUAUUUAUGGACUUGGUAAAAAUGGUGUGAUCUACAAAAGAGCCGCCUGCUUCAUCAUGAAAUCUAUCGCAAAGCACAGCGCAGAACUGGCACAAGCCGUUGUCGAGGGUGGCGGGGCAGCCGGAUUGGUCACAUGUUUGGAUGCACCGGAAGCGGCGCUACGUGAACAGGCCACCGAGGCGCUGGGCUGCAUUGCCAAGCACACCAGCGAUCUGGCGCAGAGUGUUGUGGACGCGGGGGCGGGCCCGUUUCUCGUCUUCUGUCUGCGUGAACCAGAAACAUCGCUGAAGCGGGCAGCUGUGGUCACUCUCGGCGACAUUUGCAAGCAUUCGGCGGAUUUAGCACAGACGAUUGUCGACACGGGAGCGGUACCGUAUCUGGCAAAAAUGAUCGGCGCAGAUGAUGUUCGACUCAGACGAUGCGUUUUUGCCACUUUAAGCCACAUCAGUAAACACACUUUAUUAUUGGCGGAAGUUGUGCUGGAUGCGGAUGUUCUGCCGACAAUGCUUGUGUCCAUGCAUGAUCGGGAUGAGACAGUGGCAAAAAAUUGCGCUGGACUAUUGCGAGAAUUCUGCAAAUAUAGUGAAGAGAUAGCUCAGAUGGUAGUAAACAGCGGCGGAAUCGGCGCCACCGUGGAAUACCUAAACACACAUCGUGGUCCAUCCCGUGUGCCGGGUCUUAUGACUCUCGGUUACCUGGCUGCACACUCGGAGACGAUUGCCGCUGCUAUCAUCGUGGCCAAGGCGCUGCCAUGUUUACAAGCCACUAUCAAGGAGCCCGACGAAGAAGACUACGUUAAGGCCGCCGCUGUCUGGACUAUCGGACAACUGGCAGGUCACAGCUCGGAGCACGCCAACACUAUCUGCACCGGCGAUAUGCUGCCGCAGAUAAUGGCAUUCGCCAGCGAUGACCUUGCCGCUUCCGAAGACUUACGUAAUAAAUCACGCAAGACACUGCGGAAUCUCAUCGACAAAUGUAUCUACCUGCCCAGCUUGGACAUGCUGCUACAGCAUGGCCCGGCCGUGCUCAAAGAUGCCGUUAUAACGCAAUACUCAAAGAUUUUACCGCAUGACGCUAAAGCGAGGAGGGCAUUUGUCGUCAGUGGAGGCCUGAAGUACAUACAGCAACUGGAUGUCACCAAGGGCUCGGCUUUGUACGAAGCGAUUGAGGCGGUUAAUGCGUGCUACCCACCGGACAUUGUCAAGUAUUUUUCGCCGGGAUAUGCGGAACAAUUGCUGGAAAAGGUGGACAGAUUUGCGCCCAGCAAGAAUGAAUAUGAAAAAUACCUGCAGGAUCCUAAUUUAGCUGCGGGCAGAGAAAUAUCAGCGGACAAAUCAAAAAUCGAAAUGAUCUCGGGAAAGUCAUAAAUAUGUGUGACCUGUGACGCUGACGUUUUAAAAUACGUUUCAUUACGGUGCCGAAUCUCCCAGUUCCGCAUGCAGCUGUAUCGGUGCUCGUGAGUCGUGAUCUAAAACACGUUGCAUAGCUGUGUGGAACUGAACACAUCGGUCAGGAUAAAAUAUAAUACAAAAUAUGGAUUCGGAGUUUGUUGUGUUUAUACGUAUACUGGUGAAAAAACUUCGGUAAUGCAAAAAUAUGCUGCAUUCUUAAGUACCUGUGUGCACGAAGUGAUUUAUGAUUAAUUCACGGAGGCGGUAGCGUUUUUUAGCUUAAAUUAUGUUGAACUAACAAUUUGCUGUGUCCCACUACUGUUUACGAAAUACCGAAGACGCUCUGUCGCGGUCACUAUACGAGAUAU